AUAUUGUUUACAAGACCAGUAUUAAGUAUAUUGUAGUGUUUUAUUACAUGUAUUAUUAGUAAAGUAAACAUUCUUAGUAUAGAAAUAAGGGGCGGAAAUUCACGUCAUGGCCAACAAGAAGAAAACCAUAGGAAGAAUGAAUAAAAAAUUGACUACCAACAAACGAAUUAACGAGCAGACCAGAGUGUCCGUAAUAUACAAAAAAUUUCGUUUAAAUACAACAACAACGUCUGCAGUUAAUAGAGUGGCCUCAAAGAUGGAGAAAUUCCAACAAGCAAUUAACUCUAAAAAUUCCAAGACCAUGGUGAUUUCCGGCGACGAUCACGUGUUGGACGUGUUACUAGACCGGCUGGCGCCUCUCACAGCCCACACGACCGAAAACUUAGAAAAGAUACGGAGAAUAGCUCACAAGAUCAACGGCCGAGUCAACAAUUCCGAUAAAAAUGUCAAAGCUAAAUCAUUGAAUAUUCUUCGAAAAACUAGAUCAGAGCGAAUGGUUGACAUCGUGAAAUUAUUUGAAAAAACUAGAGAUAAAUCUACAUGUACAAAUUUAGCAGCUGUAAUACAUGCUUGUAUUGCACCAAAAUCCGGUCAAACUCGAAAGGCAUUUUUGAAACAACUGGUAGAAUUAGAAGCAACUAAAAUAUUUAUUAAGUCAAUAAUGGACUUGCAAUCAAAGUCUGUAGGAUCGCCUGAUGUACUUCUUAACGAAUUAGUGUUUAUUCUAGGACAACUUUCACAAAAAGAUAGCAAAUUUUCAAAACAUGCUGAAAUGUUGAAUUCAGCAAAAAUGUUUCAUCAAAAUUUAAAAAACAAUAUUAAAAACAUUAAAUUUAUCUCUCCUUUAUUAAAAUGUUUUAGAACAAUUACAAAAAACGAAACUAUUGUUGGCGUGCUUCUCAAGGAUAGUUUUUUGCUAACCUUAGAAAAACUACUAAGGGAAAACCAUAAGUAUUUAAUAAAAAAUAAACAAUAUGUGAUUCUUGUAAUUUUAGCAAACAUUACAAAAAAAGUUACUGAAGAAAAUUGUGAUAGAGUUAUACGUGCUGGUCUCAUGCAAUACGCUUUGGAUGUGUUUAAUUUCAAAUUAUACACUGCGAAUAAAGCUCAUCCUAAAAUAUUUUCAUCCGCAUUAGAUGUGUUGGUUCACAUUUCAAACACUAAUAAUGGACGAACAGCACUGAGAAAGUCUAACAAAUUUAAUGUGUUGUAUCAAUUCAGCGUUCGCUGCCCGGAAGAUCAGGUUUAUAAUUCUACUAUGUCAAAAUUAUGUACAGUUAUAAAUAUUUGUCAAGAAAAACUUUUACUCUUACCUUUAAGUUCAACCCAAUCGGCACUUAACUUUGGUUUAGGAGAUAUAAACCUCAACAAUAAUGAUUCAGAUAAAUAUGCAGGCUGUGACAGUGACGACAGUGAUUUGGAUGAUAUUGAAAUAGCUGUAGUCCAAAAUUUAAUGGAACCUUUAAUCAUCAAAAAACCUGAAUCGGUGAAAUUCGAAAUACCCUUUAAUUAUUGGAAAGAUCGUGACGACCUCAUAUUAACAUACGGACGUUUAUUUGCAGAGUUCAAUAAUGAAACGCAAAAAUAUAAUUCAUCCAACAAACUUAAGUCAAGUAAAUAUUUAAAUAGAAUUAAUACACCACUACUUACUGACCAUCAUUUGAAUACGGACAAAAAUGAAAUUGGAUUGAUGGCUAACUUGCGGAUAUGUCAAACACACAAAGCUGCAUAUUUGAGUAUUGCAAAACGUGUCAACAGUGUCUCUCCCUUCGUUAAAGUCGCCUAUCCUGAUUGGAUUGGAUUUAAUAGUGAGGAUCAACCACUUGAGUCCUUGUACAAUAGCGACGUACAUGUUUCUCGCAACAAAUUGUUAUCGUGCUUAGAGCGUAGCGUAUCCAAACGACGAGACUCGGGCGAUAUGAUCGUGUAUGAUUUAGAUUAUCUGUUGGAAAGUGUUAACGACGCUUGCAAUUCUCCACAGCAGAUAUCAAAUUAUGAUGAGCGAAAUUUAGGCGUAAAAUCAGGGUUUGAUUACUUAAAUUUUGAGUCCCGUUUCGAAUGUGGUAAUCUUCGAAAAGCUAUUAAGAUUGGUUCCAAUGAGUAUGAUUUGAUAUUGAAUACUGACGUAAAUUCAACGUCACAUAGCCAAUGGUUUUAUUUUCAAGUAUCCAAUAUGGAAGCACUCAAACCAUAUGUAUUUAAUAUAGUUAAUAUGGAGAAACAUAGCUCUCAAUACAAAAGUGGCAUGCAGCCGAUUAUAUUUUCAGUGAAGAACUAUACCGAGUCAAAGAAAGGCUGGACACGCACCGGAAUGGACAUUUGUUACUACCGAAAUUGUUACAAAAACUGCAAUAAAACUCAUGGCUCUUACAUGACUGCUACUUUUUCAAUUCAAUUCCCAUAUGACCAAGACAUAUGUUACAUAGCAUACGUCUAUCCGUAUACAUAUUCAAAGUUAUUGUACAAGUGCUUCAGAUGGAAAACUUCUGUCGAUCCGGCUACUACAUUAUUCCGGGCAAACUGUUUAUGUAGAUCAUUGAAUAAUAACGAAGUACCAAUUAUUACGAUUACUUCUGUUGAAACCAACGAAAAAAAAAUCAAAGAUCGAAAUAUUAUAUUUACAUCGCGUGUUCAUCCCGGCGAGACAAGUUCAUCUUGGGUAAUUGAUGGUGUAAUUGAUUACCUUUGUGGAAACACACUCACCGCUAAAAAGGCACGAGACACUUACGUGUUUAAAAUUGUGCCUAUGCUUAACAUAGAAGGCGUCAUCAACGGAUGCCACCGAUGCGGCUUAACUAACGAAGAUCUGAACAGAAAAUGGAGUUCGCCUGACCCAAAAUUGCAUCCAGAAAUAUUUCAUGCUCGAGGGAUUUUAGAAUACAUGACACACGUAAUGAAAAAGGUGCCCUAUGUGUAUUGUGAUUUCCAUGGUCAUUCUAACACUAAAAAUUGUUUUUUUUAUGGGUGCUCGGCGAAAAAAAGUUGGUCAAGAAUGGACUUGUCUAAGUAUGAAAAUGAAACGGAUUUCAUGGUAUUGCCGAUUGUAAUGCAAAACUGUUGUCCAUCAUUUUCGUUAUCACAGUGUAGUUAUAAAGUAGAAAGAAAUCGUGAAACUACUGCAAGAAUAACCGUUUGGAGAAGCUAUGGUGUAAAAAGAAGUUAUACUUUGGAGACAAGUUAUUGUGGUUGUGACGAAGGACAAUACAAAGGUUUUCAUUUUGGUAUUAGGCAACUCAAAGAGAUUGGAUCAACUUUCUGUAUGUCUCUUUCUUCGUUAGAAGAAGAAACGAAAAAGAGAGCAAAUUUACCUGCCAGUAAUCGAUUAUCUACAAUAACACCGAGUUCCAGUUCAAAGUCUAUGGAUUUUGUAGAUGAAGAACAAUCAGACUCAGAUUGAAAACUGCCUAUAAUAAAGUAAUCGACUUUAAUUCUUAACAAAUUAAAUAAAUCCUAUUUUAAUUUUAAUUUAAUUUGUUUAUAUUUAUUGUACAAUUGUUUUGGUUUUUUCAAAAGAAAAAACAAUAACUUUGUUACGCUCCUUAAUUUUUUACUAUUUAUAACAUUUAUUCACUAUUGUAUAAGAGCCAAUCUAUACGCGGCCAAAUACGGCGCUAAAUCGCUUAAAAUAUUUUAUUAUGUACUGAUUAAUUAACAAAUAAUUUUUUUCUUAAGAAUUGUGUUUUUCCAUAAGUUUCCCAUAAUCAUUUUUAAAAUCGAUAUAAGUUUAGAAAUUAUAUAGUAAAUUUAAACUAAAUACACUGUAAAAACAGUUUAUUUUAUUAAUUAUAACACUAUAAUGUCAAAUAAAAAUCUAUCAUAACAAUAAUGUUU